UAGUACACCACUAAUGGCUUGUACAGUUCUGAUGUAUUUACAGCACUAAUGUGUGGUUACAAGCGUAGCUCUCGGUCUGGCUGAUGGGGGCAGGAGAAAUGGAAAACGGUAAGGGUAUACCGAUCCAAUACUGAGUAUCUGUUUCGGGGUCGAUGCUGGAAUGCCUGAAAUCUUCAGAGUCUGUUCACAUCCUAUUUAUUUCAUGCUGUGAAUGCAAACCAUUUAUACAUUUUUUCCAAACAGACUCGAGCCGUAUCAGUUUCCUUCAGGAUAUGUCAAUACUCGAGGGUCUGAUAUUAGUAUUGUAUUAAAAAAUCUUUGCACCAUUCAAGAUGACCAGAUAUUGUUUCAUUCUCUUCUUUAUCCUUGACAUUAAUGCAUGGCUGUAUUUUUAAAAUCUUUUAAAACUACUGUUAUGUGGUGUAGUGAGUCUCUUCAGAUUGAUAGGCGGCACGUGUGGGGAAUCUGUCCUCGACAAAUGGUGACUUGUCUCAUCAGCUUUGUAAACAGUUCCUGACGUGUGUGUGUGUGUGUCUGAAGGAGUGGGUGAGGGAGCAAGAGAGAGGCAAAAAACAAGGUUUUCUUAAUAGGAAACCUUGCGUCCUUCUCACAUGAAACGUAUUAGGUCCAGAGAGAAAAGAGACACUGUAAUGAUGAAAAGAACAGUGUUUAUACAAAUUAGAUGAUCAGAUCAGGAAUCCUUAGAACCUUCGAGCCUGAUCCUUCAAAUGUUAUUUCAGGACCUGACUGCUCUCUCACACACACACAUGCAGGUAAACACGUACACAUACGGUUCACUGUGACAUUUCUGUCUCCUUAACGCAGUAGGCCUGUGUGGUCAAAGGUCACAUGACCACCGAAACUCAGCCCCCCAUACCAUUCCCAGCUCCUGUACCCCCGUAUUCAUUCCCAUGGCAACAGCCAAGCUUGGUCACCCCGGAUACGACAGCCGAUGCCUGGGGAAUGUGUGUGUGUGUGAGAGAGAGAGAAUGAUGAGCCAUUACUGUGAAAGCGUGGAUUGGAAACACCCAGGCCUAGUUUUCUCAAUUUCUCCGUUGUUGGCUCAGAAGUUAGUUCCUAUCUUGAAAUUGGUCGUCCCUCAUCUCUCCAGCCUCCAAAAUAGAUUCUCUCAGGAGUAAGGUUGAGCUGCUGAAGCUGCCGCUUGCUCUCUCAUCCAAAUCCAUCUCCGAGCGCAAAACCCAGCUGGCCGGAGCAACAGAGCGCAACAGGGGCGGAGCUGGGGUCCACAAACCCCGCCCACUGGCCCCAGACAUGGACAACGAGUCCCAGUACUCGGGCUAUUCCUACAAGUCGUCACAUUCCCGUAGCUCUCGCAAGCACAGGGAUCGGAGAGACAGACACCGCUCUAAGAGCAGAGACAGCAGAGGGGACAAAUCGGUGACGAUCCAGGCUCCAGGAGAGCCGCUGCUGGACACGGAGUCCACUCGUGGAGAUGACCGGGAUGAUAACUGGGGCGAGACCACUACAGUUGUGACUGGAACGUCCGAGCAUAGCGUGUCCAAUGAGGACCUGACGCGAGCGUCCAAAGAGCUGGAGGACUCGUCUCCUCUGCAGUGCAAACGUUUUGCGGGACCGAUCCUGAGCGGAGUGCUAGGUCUUUUCGCUCUGCUCACGCCUCUCGCCUUCCUGCUGCUGCCUCAGGCGCUCUGGCGGGACACGCUGGAGCCGUGCGGCACGCCGUGCGAAGGCCUGUACGUCUCGCUCGCCUUCAAGCUGCUGGUGCUGGCCAUCUCGACGUGGGCUCUGUUCCUGAGGGCUCCGCGCGUCACCCUGCCACGCUUCUUCGUCUUCCGCUGCCUGCUGCUGGCGCUCGUCUUCCUCUUCGUGGCCUCCUACUGGCUGUUCUACGGCGUGCGCGUGCUGGAGCCCCGGGAGCGGGAUUACCGCGGCAUCGUGGGAUAUGCGGUGUCUCUGGUGGACGCGCUGCUGUUCAUUCAGUACCUGGCGCUGGUGCUGCUCGAGGUGCGACACCUGCGACCCGCCUUCUGUCUCAAGGUGGUGCGCACUACAGACGGAGCCAGCCGCUUUUACAACAUCGGCCAUCUUAGCAUCCAGCGAGCUGCAGUGUGGGUGUUGGAUCAGUACUACAGUGACUUCCCCGUCUAUAAUCCAGCUCUCCUAAACCUGCCCAAGUCCAUCCUUUCAAAAAAGAUGUCCGGGUUCAAGGUGUAUUCCCUUGAAGAGAACAGCACCAAUAACUCAACCGGCCAAUCACGAGCGAUGAUCGCAGCAGCCGCACGCAGACGAGACAACUCCCAUAACGAGUAUUACUACGAGGAGGCCGAGAUGGAGCGCCGGAUCCGCAAGCGCAAGGCCAGGCUGGUGGUGGCCGUAGAGGAAGCGUUCACGCACAUCAGGCGACUCCAGGAGGACGAGGCGGCCGUGACCCCUAAGCACCCGCGCGAGGUGAUGGACCCCCGCGAAGCCGCUCAGGCCAUCUUUGCUCCGAUGGCACGCGCCAUGCAGAAGUACCUGCGAACCACACGCCAGCAGCCGUACCACAGCAUGGAGAGCAUCAUCUCACACCUGCAGUUCUGCAUCACACACAACAUGACGCCCAAAGCCUUCUUGGAGCGUUACCUGUCUGCCGGUCCCACCAUGCAGUACCAGAGGGAGAACGGCAGGGGGCGUCAGUGGACACUGGUCAGCGAAGAGCCCGUGACCUCUACGCUGAGGCAGGGCCUCGUGUUCUCGCUCCGGCGCCUCGACUUCUCCCUCGUUGUCACGGUGACUGCGCUCCCCUUCCUUGCACUGGGUGAAGAAUUCAUUGACCCCAAGAGCCACAAAUUUGUCAUGAGGCUGCAGUCUGAGACGUCUGUUUAGAAAGCGGUACAGAGAAGAGGAAGAAGGCUCGGUGAUCAAGAUGGAGAGAACCACUUCUUUUUAACUAUUUUUUUUUUUUUUAUAUCGCUGAGCCUGAGUCGUUUGUCUGAUUUACUAUUUUUUUAAAUAUAUAUGUAGAUGGUUUGGACUGAACAGUUCUUGCGCAUUUCAAACGUAGACGGUUGGCAUUCCCGUCUCGACGACCCCAUAAAGUUAGUGUCACUGUGCAGAGCUGAGGCCCUUUAGAAGGUGUUGUUAUUGUUGAGAUGUCACUUUACCCACAGUGAAAUUGUCGGUUAAUCUUGUGAAAUGCCAAGCUGACUACGCAAAAGGCAUGUGUCAAGAGCUAAUGCAAGUUUGAUCUUCCUUUCUCAAGAAUAAGUGUGUUAACACUGUCAGGUCAAACAAUUGAGGUAUGACGCGUACAUCAGAUUACGCGAGAGCCUUUUACACCGGAGUCUGAAUCAGCGUGGUUUGGUUUCUCAUUGCACAUAAUUAAACAGACCAAAAAGCACAACAUAUUUUGGAGUAUUCAGAACUAAAAAUAACUUCAUAAAAUUUGAUUCAUUGGCCAGAGGUGAGGCGAAUCACAACAAUCGGCUGAACACUGAACAUGGAGCCGGCGUUAAAUAAAUGAUUAGAUAAUUAUAGAAGUUAUUAAUUAAGAAAGGAAAAAAAAUAAGUUUUGCAUACAGAGUUCUCUUUUUGUUUGUUGGUCGAAAUAUCCAGAGCGCCUCAGGUUAUGAGAAAAUGGAUCCUUACGUUUGAUUCACUUCCCGUAGUCGAGUCGAUUCAGAGUCGAAUCGGACUAAGAGUUCACUUGGAGUUCAAGUGGACCAGACGGUUGAGAUUGGGGUUUUCUCACCUGCUUAAAGAACCGCAGCGAGGGGGAAAACGUACCAAGUGUUUAUUCAAAUGAACUAAACACAGCGUAUUAAAAUAAAAUAAAAAGUUGAGUCAUUUAUCAAGUCAGAAAUGAUUCAACUAGCAUUCAAGCAUGUUAUGGCUCCGGUUUCACUUCACAGGUCACCCAUGGCAACGUAUCUGAAGUGUAGUGAAGAUAGAGUGAAAAAUUAAAGCCGAAUACAAAACGUUUUAUCCAAUUGUUAAUUUUUUUUUGUUAAAUUUAAUAUUAAAAGAAACACUAUCAAGGCAUCAUUUUGGCCGAAAACGUGCAACUUUAAUUAAUUUGCAUCAGUUGACGGCUGCUUCAUAGACCUCAAUACCCCGUUAAUCGUAGCCUUGUUACACUACUGUAAUUAAAUCUCUCUCUACUGUGCUUUACAACAUCAUACUUCUCUACACGUUCAUCUUUACAUUCAACGUGUUUACUACAUGUUUACUUUUUUUUUUUUUUUUUUUUUUUUUUUUUUUUUUUUUUUAAAGCUGGAAACACUCCAUUAUUUCAUUAAUGUGUGUAAAUAGGAACCCAAAUCACAAGGGCUUAUAAAGUGUCUCCUCUCGUGAAUGUGGUCAGUAGUUCACCUCCGAAAUGCUAACGCUGCUACUCUGUGAGCAUUAUGCAAGUGAGAUCGUGCUAACAGGACUGCGUUAGCUUUCAUUCAUAAUGAUUGUUAAUGUUAUAGGGUGAACUAUUAGUUUUGUUGUAUACAUUUUUUUUUAUUCUUAAAAAUGAUCAAGGGGCCUUUUAAAUGUUUGUUUACAUUUUGAAAAAAAAAAGCUGGUUCAUGUACCUGGUAAUGAUUCCUUCAGAAUAAGGAAGGAAAUUGUUUUGUGUCAUUUUAGAGGUUGCGAUGUUCUAAUCAUCUGUGGCAUUUAUACGCCGUGGAAAUAAUGAUGCAAACUACAGCUCAUUUACACAUCAUUCCAGUAAGACCAGACCUACUUCCAUGUUCAUGUAGUGGUAUUAGUGUGGUAGUAUGUGAGAGGGAGUGCACCUUCUCUCACACACACACUGGUGGCGCACAAAGUAUGCCCAUCGCUUGCCUUAUAAUUCAGACAACUCCCUUUACAAGUCUCACACAGCGAGGCCCACAGCCUUCAGCACAUGUUACACUUUGUAUGUUUUUUGGCAGCUGUAAACGUUGUUUUUCCCCUUUUGUACAUAAAUCAAAUUUGUCAUUUUUUUUUUCAAAAAGAAAGGAACUCUUCAAUCUCAUGGAAGACUGAAAGUUUUAUUUCAUGUAGGUUGUUUUUAAACGAACCCGAGAUCUUUAGGCCUAAUGCAUGCACAUAGGUAAUGAAGUUUUGUAACAGUUGUACUCCUCACCUUGUUCUUUUAAAGUGAAGCUAAGCCUUUAACUUUUUUUUUUCCUCAAAAAAAGAAAAAUCUGAAAAAUACAGUGUGUUGUAAAGAGAUUUUGUAGAUUUGUUAUUGUGUGAAGCUUUUUUUUGUAUUAUUAUUUUGAUAAUUUUAGAACUAAAAAUGUUACAGGCUUUUUAAUAAAUGAUCUCAAUUUUGGUUUACAACUUUG